AUGACUAGAGCUUGGUUACAUGAUGUUGGUCGAGGUAUUGACAAUGAACCAGUUCGCCCAAGACAACUGCCCAAGUCUGUUGGAUGUGGGAAGAAUUUUAGUGGAAAACUAGCUCUAGCAACCAGGAAUGAGGUCAAGUAUUGGUUGUUACAACUUGCCACUGAGAUGGAAGAACGACUUCAAAUAGAAUCUGAAAUGAAUAAACGUGUUGCUAAGUCAGUGUCGGUACAAGUGCGCUGGGGCGGUAAUCCCCCACAGACAGCCUCAAGAUCAUUUGGACUGCACAACAUGGAUGCAGACACAAUCAGUCGCAAUGCGCUAUCUGUGAUACAAUGUUUUAACACGGCAGGAAAUCAUCAAAAGGCUUGGUGUCCAGCAAUAAUCACUCUUAGCAUGUGUGCUUCCAAGUUUACUGAGACUGGUAAUAACAUUGGUAAAAUGAGCAUCAGUAGUUUCUUCAGCGGCAAGGAGCAGAGUACGUCCACAGUGAAUGGUAGUAAUGACGGUAAAACAACAGUCAGUAGUUCCUUCAAUGGCAAGAAGGAGGUUAUAUCCACGGAAAAAAAAGUCACUUCUCGUUCACAGCUCGAUGAAUUCUCACCAAAAGAAUCAAAGAAAAAAAGAAAGAGCAUAGACUCGUUUUUCUCUGCUUCGCAACGUCUGAAGCGAGACAGUGAUGCAGCAGACUUCAUUAUUAUGCCAUCGUCGUCUGGAUAUCAAGAAAAGCCAUCAAGUAUUGAUAAACAACAUGACACAAUGACAAGGACCAAUUUGAACCACUCGACAGGAUUCUUUGCAUCCAAGAUGAACCAACCAGUAACCAGUUCGCUGAACAGUGAUCCCUUGGUAGAUGCCUGUCAUGAGCAAAACACAGGAGUGUACGCCUCAGAUAAACCAAAUAAUUUUAAACAACAGUCUGUGAGGGACCCUUCACCUGGCAUCAUUGAGGUGACAUCAUUAUCACUAUCCAGACAGGAUAAGGACCUGACAACAUGUUCUGAUAAACUAUUCUCUGAUUUGCCAGUGGCUGAUUUUGUUACUUGUGAGAAAUGUCAGCAAAAAGUGUCUGCUUGGGACCUACCUGAACAUUUAGACUACCAUUACGCAUUUGAGUUACAAGAACAGAUUGAUAUUGGAUCCACAACCAGCACUGCUAGAACUAUUGAGACUCCCGUCAAAACAAGUAAAUCAACCCCAAGUACUUUAUAUUCCUUUUUCCAGAAGAAAACAUAGAAAACUUCUCAGACUAAAUAUUUGUAAGGAUCCUUCUCUAUUGGUGUCUCUACCUGGUCAUGCAUUAAUUGUGCAUAUAUUAUUUAAACUUUUGGUCAUUAUUUUAUUUUCAUUCCCGAUUUUCUUUAAAAUAUGUUUAAAAUUAGGUCACACUCAUAUUGAGUAUAGCGACAUUGGUGUAUAAAAAUUUGGUUAUUUGUGAAUGUAUAUAUAUAUAUAUGAAUGUACUGUAUAAUGUGUCAAUAAAAUGAGAUUCUUUUUUUU